UGCCCGCCCGGCCCGCCGACCUCCGCGGCGCGAGACCCCGAGUCCAGCUCCCGCGUAUCCCCCGGUGCUUCCUGGGCUCCCUCCUGCCGCCUUUCCACUCGGCCCACACCUCGCCGAUCCCGACUCCCUGCUUCAUGGCGUCGCUCCUGUGCUGUGGGCCCAAGCUGGCCGCCUGCGGCAUCGUCCUCAGCAUUUGGGGAGUGAUCAUGUUGAUCAUGCUCGGAAUCUUUUUCAAUGUCCAUUCCGCUGUGUUAAUUGAGGAUGUUCCCUUCACGGACAAAGAUUUUGAGAACGGCCCCAAGAGCAUAUACGACCUUUACGAGCAAGUCAGCUACAACUGUUUCAUCGCCGCGGGCCUUUACCUACUCCUCGGAGGCUUCUCUUUCUGCCAAGUUCGGCUCAAUAAGCGCAAGGAGUACAUGGUGCGCUAAAGUGCAGCGCGGCCCCGUCCCCCCUGCGCCAGCCCCCUCCUCUAUUUAAAGACUCUUCCUCCUCGCGUCGCGCUCCACCCCUCCUGGCGCCCUCAGCGGGGCUGGGUUCCCGUGGCGAGGGACUGAAUCCCCUCUUCGUCAAGCUAUGGCGUACGGCUCCCUCGCCUUGCCCCGCACCACAAUAAAGAGAAGCUGAUCUCUCAA